AAUUUUAAUACAAAGAAAACACACGCUUACGUUGUAUUGUCUCUAACAUAUAACUCUUCAUGAUUUUUUUUGGCUACUAUUUUUCUGUCAUCUUGCCUCUACUAGAACUUGGAUUCAUUCUCUAUCCCCUCCCAUCUUUUUUUUUUUUUUGGUAACAUUUAAGUCUUCUUUUUCUUAUAACAUCCCCUUCCAUCUAAUUUCAAUAUAUAAAACGUUUCACCUUUAUUCUCAAUUCUGUAUUAUUGGGAAGAGAAUCCAACUCGCUAACUGUCAUUUGGGAUGCCGAAAGAAAACAUGGAUGAUGGAAAUGCUGAGGUUUCUGAUAAGCUUUCUGAUAAUAUUCUAUUAUUGAAUCCAGAGUCAUCCAGCAGUUUUCGGGCUUCAACAUCUUUGAACACAGUUACUGAACUGUGUAGGAGUAGCAGCAGAACAUGCACCCACACUCACACAUGCAACCCACCUGGCCCAGAUGCUGCUCACACACACACAUGCUAUCACACACACACCCAAGUUUUUGCACCUGAAGAUGAUGACAGGGAGGACACAAACUUCAAGCAGAAAAAGCCUUCCGGCAACCGAGAAGCUGUUAGGAAGUAUAGGGAGAAGAAGAAGGCACACACAGCUUAUUUGGAGGAGGAAGUUAAGAAAUUGCGUCUGGUGAAUCAGCAACUAGUGAGGAAGCUACAAGGGCAGGCACUUCUUGAGGCAGAAUUAGCAAGGUUGAGGAGCAUUUUGACACACCUUAAGGGGAAAAUAGACAGUGAAUUGGGUGAUUUCCCCUUUCAAAAUCAGUGUAACUCUUCUUACAUUUUUAAAGAAGGGGAUGCUGGUUUGAUGUCCUCUGCCAGGACUAUUGGUCUUCAGUGUCAGAACGAUUUGCCGUGCUUCCAUCCACAUGCAGGAUCAUCAUCCCAAGUCAACAUUUGUGCCUAUGGAAAAUCCAUGAUUCCAUGGGAAGGAAACUGUCAACCAGAAACUGUAGAUUGUCAAACUGAUGCAAAUAACAUGACCAAUACUGAAGGACAAACUGUGGAGACAGUGGAUAACUUCAUGUCAUCUACAUCUCAAGAUGGAUAGUUUAGCCAGACAAAUAACUUUCUUGCGUGUUUCUUUUCUAUUGUUAUCACGGAUGAUUUGUUUUUUUAAGGGCCUAUUGGGUAAACUUUUCCAAAAAACACUUCUAGGAGAGAAAAAUAGAAAGAAAAAUGAAAUUAGCUUCUCUAUGAGUUCAAAUUAGCUUAAGCAUAAGAUAAUUUGUAGAAGCUCUCUUCUAUUAGCUUCUCCACAAUCUUAUUUUUUACUUAUGUAUAAAUUAGUUUUAACUUAUAGAGAAGCUUAUUUCAAUUUUUCUGCCUACUUUCUUCUUCUAGAAGUGCUUCUAGAUAAAUUUAUCCAAACAGUCCCUAACAUUUGGUGUGGUUAGGUAAGAUGAGGUACAUAUAAUUAGUGUUACCAUAAAAGGUAUGUAUGUUAGAUAACUCAUAACAUGACUCAUGAAGUUUGCCGUCUGCAAUCUAUAGGAUAUGUAUAUUCAGGGAAGUAUUUUAGAAAUUUGUACAAUAUGCCAGCAUGUAAAAUGUGCUCUACUUUUUAGACAAACAAAAUUCCUUGUUGUGUA